CUGCCGNAGCAUAUUAUUAUAUUGGUAACACGGGCCACAUGGAAAGUCCUGNGACUUUGGUCAUCAAACAUGGUGCGAUACACUAUGNGAAUGAUGUCUUUAUGGUUAUACACGNGACUAUUGCAGGUACUAUUGGAGGAAAUGUCUNAAGUCGCGCAGUUCAGUGGGGUUUCCAACCUUNGAUUGCUGGAGGCUNGAGGAAAUUUCGAGAUGGUUCUCUUCGUAAUAGGCUUUGGUGGCUACUCUGGACAGGCANAACGUAUGGAGCAGCAUUUANAGUUGCCGAAUUGGUGCCCUUCUUUUCAUCAUUCAUUGGCAUUANGACGUCACUCUUCUCUUCUUUCUNGACAUUUAUGGUGCCAAGUGCUUUUUACUUUUGGGAAUUUUGGCACGACACUCGUUGGUAUCAAAAGCUCUUACCCUUCUUUUGCUUUCNAGUCGGCUUUCUUAUGUNGACGUUGGGAAGUUAUGGAACUUUUAAAAGCUUGGUUGUUGCCAUCGAGAGCACUGGAAAGCCUUUCAGUUGUAAUCGUAAAUUCUAAAAACUAAUACCUGAGUUUAUAGUAAAUAUAAUAUCGAGGUUUAUCGAUUUGCAAUUUCUGAUACUACAAAAAGUAAUAAAUUGUUGAAAUUUCCUCGAACAACUUUGGAGUCAACUUCUUAUUAAAUAAUUUGCAGUUACGAGAAUGAAACAUUUUACAAAGUCACAGCUUCGGCUCUGUCUAUAAAAUAAUUAAAUCUAACGUCGAUUGU